CAUUUUCAAACAUUGACGUGGGUUAUGCUGAUGGGUCCGAUAAGCGAGCGGGGCUCACCGCCUUUCCUUCCUCUGCAUUCAUGCAUUUGACUGCUGUGUGACUGCCUGCCGCACCUGCCUGGCUGGUGCUGUGUUCCUGUAGAAGCGAAUGCCUACUACAGUGGACUCCGAAAUGCUCCUCGCGAGGGAAAAUCCAGAACAAAGCGACAGCAGCAUGGCGACGGCGCAGGGUACCCAGCUCUGAGCUUUCGAAGCCCCCAGAAGACCCCCCGACACCCCCGCCAUGGCGACGCAGCCCCCGCCUGCGCGUCUCCCGACUCCUCGACCGCGGCCCUCGGGCACUUCGGGCGUCCAAUCCGAGUCAGUAGCGGCAUCCAAAUCAUCGCGAAGUCCUGCCGGCCCCGCGUCGUCGGACAGCAGCAUGUCCUCCCGGCAGGCUGAGGCAGCAGUCCCUCGUCGGGCUACGACGACGACGACAACGACGCGCACGGCGUCUGCCGACCCCCUCUCGGACAGAGCGACCGCCUUCCUGGUCCGCCGCAUCCUCUGCCCGCAGCAGGCCGACAAGGGCAGGAACUCGCCCACGUCCAUCGAGGACGACCUGCCGCCCCUUACCAGCCGCAACGACGUGGAUCUGCAGCUCUACGCCCUGCUCGCCAUCGUCCUGCGCGAGUACGUGCAGAGCUGGUACGCCAAGAUCACCCCGGACGAGACCUUCGUCGCCGAGAUUGUCCAGAUCGUUGCCCAUAUCACCCGCGCCCUCGAGCAGCGGCUGAGGAAAGUGGACCUGGAGAGCUUGUUAUUCGACGAGCUCCCCGACCUUCUCGACAGGCACAUCACCGCUUAUCGAGUGGCUCACGAUCCCGUCGCCCAGCCGCCAGUCAGGACGGACCCGCGCGAGAUCUAUCACUCGCUCUGCCCUCUCCCCGCCCUCUCCCCAGUCCCCCGGCCAGAGGACCCCGAAAGCGUCGCCGCGCAGGCCGAGAAUGAAGCAGCCUAUCGCCAGCUGCUUGUCUCCGCCUUCCUGGCCGUGCUGCUCCCCACCGAAGACCUUGAGAAUGGCUGUUUAACCGCCCUGGUUGGCCAGAUAUUUUCCGAGCUAAUUCUCGGCAACGCGGUGGCCAACCGACUCUCGGAGCCCUGGAUGGUCUGGGAGCUGCUCAUCAUCGCGUCCAGGGCGGCGCAGCGACGGAAAUCCGCCGAGAGCGAGGACCGUUUUGGGCGGUCGAGCAAGGCGUCUUCCCACAGCCCAAGGAGCUUUCCGUUCCAAGCCUUCUUCUGGACCGUCCUGCAGUGGUGCUUCCUCGCCGUCUCGUUCAUCAAAACGGCCGUCGCCAUCCUGAGGACGUCGAGCUCUCUGCCUCGGCGAGGCUCUCAGGGCGCGAGUUUCCGCAAGAGCGCAGGCCAACACGAGUCCAGUGACAAGUCCAUCUGGCUUUCAAGCACCUCAGAAGCGGGUCCACAGUCAUCCAAGCUGCCAGUGCUGGCCUUCCGGUGCUGGUCGGCACUAUCGAAUCUUACCGAGAUGGAAGAACGGAUGCCCUGGCUCUGCGGCGCAUUGGCAUUAUUGCAGUGGAUUGCGGUCAUGGGGCCAGGACGAAUCGCCGGCGUGGACGGCAUACUGGACAGGUAGGACGCCCCUUUGUUUUCUUCGCUUUUCCCACUGUCAGCACCCCUCCCGCGCCCUUCCUUUGCAUCUUGUUCCGUCACACUGCAUGGCAUGCCAGUCACUGGGCCUGGCGGCGGAACUUCACGGCUACGAAUCACUGUGUCUUUCGCGACUCUGUCCGAGUCGCAAGUGCGACUCCGCAGUUAGCGCACGAAACCCGCGAUCUUUUGGGUGUGCGGCUCGCAGUCAGAUGUCUGGAAGUCCUCCUCCGCGCGCCAACUGCGGG